UCAUUGGGCGAAAAAUAACGGAGACCAGGCGUUGACUUCAUCUUUUCCGCCCUAAGACAAACCCUCGUUCGUUGACGGGUCACCGGUCGCUUCCCCACCAAAGAUUAUGAACUCCUCAACCGAUUUUUUUCUUUUUGUGUAUGCUCAAAGCAUCCGUUGAAGUGAAGCUUCCCACUUCCGAUUUGUUCCUAGUUCCUAAUUAUCAGUGUUGCCCUAAAUAAAAGAUGCAUAGCCGGAUCUUCACUAUUCAAAGCCAUAUGAGAAAGGUCGUGCGGAGAAAACUUCCCUUCCUUAAGUCUUCUCUGUUUUCCAGAGUGAGUCAACCGUGUAAUACAUGCCAGAGAUCCUAAAGGAUUUAUAAUCCUCAAAUUGUAGAUCGUUUUACUACCCAUCUCGACAUUUGAUGUGUUUCAUUUUGGGUGUGUCUUGUUUAAUCUGUUGAGUGCGUUUUCUGAGUCUUUGAUCUCCAUCCCCACAUGGGAUACCCGCAGAAACCCUAGUGUUUUUGCUGGAUGGAUUUUGUGGUUUCUGCCUGCAGAACCUCGACUGCUGGUGCUUGUUUGGUUUACAGUAAAAGGGAGCUUGAGGUUCGGGUCAUGGGUGUUUAUCUGAUGAAGCCUUGGUUGUUUCAAUCUCACUGUGAAGACCUUUUUGGAGGUUUUUAAUACUUUACCCUUUUUGUACGCUUACUCAUCUUCUCUUCUCAAAUGUGUUGUUGUUCUUUAUGGUUAUUUAACAUUGUUUAAAUAUCAUGUUCUAAAUUUUAUUAUUUGGGGAAAAAUGGCUGCUUUGUUAUCUGUACGCUGAAGCUGUGGAUGCGGUAAAUGUAAAAUUAUAUUGAAAUUUUGGUGAUGCUUUGCAAGUUCUAAGUUUCAUGGCUUCAAAGAAGAAAACCCGCCUUCUGGGCGUAGCUUUUCGCCGUUUCCUGUCUCUUGCUCUAAUUACUUUGUUAGGGGUUUUGCUGUUGAUUUUCCUUAUUAGGAAAAAUUCAAUUUCAAAUCUUACGACUGAGGUUGGGGAGAAAGUUGGUGAAAUUUUCCUGCCUAAUUCAAGUUAUUCCCGAUAUAAAGAACUCAACCUCCCCAAGCAAAAUGAACUGUCAAUUUCAUUGGAAAAGAGAAAUCAGUUGCUUCCUAGAAACAUAGAUUUGUAUCCAAAUCUAGGCAAGGAUCAUAUAGUAAUAGUUUUAUAUGUACACAAUCGACCCCAAUAUCUCCAAGUGGUUGCCCAGAGCCUGUCUCAGGUAGUGGGGAUCAGUGAAACUUUAUUGAUAGUUAGCCAUGAUGGGUACUUCGAGGAAAUGAACAAGAUUGUGGAAAGUAUUAAGUUCUGUCAAGUGAAACAGAUUUUUGCCCCUUACUCGCCCCAUAUAUUCCCCAACAGCUUUCCUGGUGUCUCACCGAAGGACUGUCAGAAUAAGGAUGACCCAACAGAGAAACACUGUGAGGGGAAGUCAGAUCAGUAUGGAAACCACCGAUCACCAAAGAUUGUGUCACUGAAGCAUCAUUGGUGGUGGAUGAUGAACACAGUGUGGGACGGAUUGAAGGAAACCCAGAAACACUCAGGCCAUAUUCUUUUCAUAGAGGAGGAUCACUUCAUUUUUCCGAAUGCGUAUCGCAACUUACAGCUACUUGCAUCACUGAAACCUGAAAAAUGUCCUGAUUGCUAUGCUGCAAAUCUAGCACCGUCUGAUGUGAAGUCAAAAGGGGAAGGUUGGGACAGUCUAAUUGCUGAGACAAUGGGGAAUGUAGGUUAUUCUUUUAAUCGAACUGUUUGGAGGAAAAUCCAUAGGAAGGCAAAGGAAUUUUGCUUCUUUGAUGAUUACAACUGGGACAUAACAAUGUGGGCUACAGUUUUUCCAUCAUUCGGAGGCCACGUUUACACAUUGCGAGGGCCAAGGACUAGUGCAGUUCACUUUGGAAAAUGUGGUCUGCAUCAAGGCCAAGGGGAGGACAAAGCUUGCAUUAUUAAUGGUGCAGUGAACAUUGAACCUGCAGAGACUGAUAAGGUUGCCAACAUCAAACCAGAGUGGGGUGUGCAUGUGCAUAAGCAGGUGGCAGGAUAUCAAGCUGGGUUCAGGGGUUGGGGAGGCUGGGGUGAUUCAAGGGAUCACCAGUUGUGUUUGAAUUUUGCUUCCAUGUAUCACUAGAUAUACUCCAUCUUUGUUCUGAGGGUUCAAGUUUUUUGGGAUUCAGAGUCCAUCCACCCCCAGGCACCAUAUCUGGAUUGUGUUGUAAUUUAAACAGCGUAAACUGUUUCCACACUGCACUGCUUUGUUUAAUCUCAGGUAUUGUGUUCAUAGUGCUUGUUCACAAUAUCGCAUUAACAAAAGCCAUAUUUUUGUUAAAUUUUACUAUUUCUUUUUUGUGAAUCUUCUCUGUUAAUCAUCUUAAGACUUGAAAAUUCUUGAUCAUACUGGGCAAUAUUUUU